AUCAUCUCAAAUCGAUCGAUCGAUUGAUAUCUAUAUCUUAUCGUCUGUCUUAUCUUCGUCCAUCAAGCCAUACAUAACUCUCUGAGGAUCAUCCAUCCAUCCAUCCAUCCAUCCAUGAUCCAUCCAUCCAUACCUUCCUUCCUUCCUUCCUUUAUUCAUUCAUGAGAUAGGUAUAAUAUCAUACCUACUUACUAGUACUACAUUGCACUGCACUGUAUUCAUUCUCCCCUAGCACCUCUCUCCCCCUCCUUUAUCACACCGUAUCAUAUCAAAAACAAAACAAAACAAAAUCUCAAACCCCGAAAGCCCUUCCUUCCUGCUUGCUUGCUUGCCCAUUAUUCUUGUAUCUCGCUCGCUCGCUCGCUCGCUCGCUCGCUCGUGCAAAAGGAAGAAGAAGAUGUGGUAUAUUAGAAAGGGCAAUGCCGAGAGCAGACGUGCAGUCAGUCAAGUCUCAGCAGCUCUAAACGCCAGUCCGCUCGCUAGCGAUUGUAGUGGUAGUCCUUUGUUUGUGAGAUAUAUGUAUGGAAGCUUGCUGGUUUUUGUACCUGUAUUCAUUACUGCCCUACUCCCCCCCUGACGAUCAGCGAAGUUAUCGAUCCUUAUAUCCGCACCAUUCACAACGCUA